AUGGAGUUCACGGAAAAGAACGAUUUACUUAAGUUAACACUUCUAGGCUUAGUUUUCAUUUUGUGGUGUUACUGGUUGUGGAGUAGAAAAGAGUUUUACAUAUUGGCAAUGCGUUUUCCAGGAUUACUGGGUCUGCCAUUUUUUGGAGUGUUACAUCGAAUCCGAAGCCUUGACAAUAUUAUUUCCGAGUUUGGAAAAUUAUUGAAAGAUUGUGGAAAAUUCACUAUAUUGACAUGGAUUGGGACUUAUCCAGUCAUUUUAACAGCCGAUCCUGCAUUCAUUAAAGAUGUGCUAUGCUCAAACGAUUUGCUUGAGAAGGCCCAACCUCUUUACCAACCAUUAUAUAAUGCAUUCAAAGGAGGCCUUAUUGCUAGUCCAGCGGACGAAUGGCAUAAAAAUCGCCGUAUGUUGAAUCCAAGCUUUCAUCAAAAAGUGCUCACAACAUUUUUACCCAUAUUUAACAAGGCUAAGGACGGAGCCAUUCAAAAAUUCGGUGAAAUGAUCUCCAAUAAGGAAGUUCUUUUAAGCGAAGAGCUACAAAGAAUUACUUUAAGUAUCACCGUAGAAACAACAAUGGGGAAAAAAAUGCAAGAAGGCGAUCAGGUAUCUGAGGAAUUGGUGAAGGCCUAUGUUAUAUGUAUUGAGAAACUACCUAUGGAAUGCUUUUUGUCCUAUGUAAAGUUGGGUAAAUGGUAUGCUCAAUUUUCGAAAACAGCAAAGGAGUACGUAUAUCGAUUCAUUGAAGAGCUUUUGUAUCAGAAACUCUCACAAACAGUUUCUAGAAAAAGUUGUACUUAUACUAUGGAGUGUUCCGAAAAUUCUGAAACCAAUGUGGAGGAUUCUUUUGGAGGAAAUGCUUUUAAUGAGAGAGCUCCAAACAUAUUCGUUGAUCAGGCUAUAAACCUCUAUCGGGAAGGGAAAAUGUCGCAUCACUCUUUAAUUGGUGAAUCUAAUACCAUCGUAUCGGCGGCUUUUGAAACAUCUGCCAAUGGUUUGUUGUCAUCACUUCUAAUGUUGGCCAUACAUCCUGUAGUGCAAGAAAGGUUGUACGAUGAGAUUGUAAGCGUGUUCCCGGAGAAAACAUUUUUCAUGGACUAUGAACACAUGCAGCAUUUGCCCUAUUUGGAUAUGGUUGUCAACGAGACUUUGAGACUAUUGCCACCAAUACCCAUUAUUGGAAGACAAGUUGUUAAAAAUACAACACUAUCCAAUGGUCUUGUGCUUCCGCGUGGAUUAGAAAUUUUAAUAUCAAUAUUUGAUUUGCAUCGUCGAACAGAUAUAUGGGGUGCAAAUGCUCAUGAGUUCAACCCAGAUAACUUUCUGCCCGGCAAUUUGGAAGAAAAGCAUACACAUGCCUACAUACCUUUUUCCAAAGGUAUUCGUAAUUGCAUAGGUUGGAAGUACGCUCUUAUGGCAAUAAAAAUAUUAUUAGCGGGCUUAGUUCGAAACUUUUCUUUCUCAACCUCAGUAAAGUUAGAAGAUCUGAAAUUUACAAAUAGCUUAUCUCUGAAAUACACCAACGAACCUGCGUUUACUAUAAAACAUCGGCUAAAAUAA